AUGGUUCAAAAGAUCCUCAUCGUCAACGUACCGAGCCUGUUUAGCCCUGUGUGGUCUGUCAUCGCGGCCUUCCUGCCUGCGCAGCACAAGGAGCGGAUCGUGAUGCUGACCGCCUCCAAGACGACCGCCGCAGAGAUGAGCAAGUACAUGCCCGCCGAGCACCUCCCGCCGCACGUGCGAGGCCGGUGA